AUGGCAAUGGCAACCACUUCCACAUUGGCCCUCGACCAUCCACAGCUCGGCAGUCUCACUGGCCGCCUGGUUGAUAAACAGCAUGUUGAUGGACAGCCUGUGAGCGAGCCUGUGGUGCAUUUCCGUUCCAUCCCCUAUGCCACCAUUCCAGCCCGUUUCAGUCAAAGCGUACUGCUCGAUCGCAUCCCAGACCACUUUGAUGAUCGUCCCCAUCGUGACUUUACGCAGUAUGGUGCUGCUUGUCCCCAAGUGCCACAGCCCACUGGAAGGGGUAGUGCGGGAGGGGGGUUUGCUCCUGGUGAGGAGCCGAUCAUAUAUGAUGAGCAAGCCUGUCUCAACUUAACCAUUUCUGCACCAGCGAAGAAUUUCUCGGAGGAGAAUGGCCCUCUUCCAGUCCUGGUCUAUGUGCAUGGCGGUGGUCUCGUCGAAGGCAAAGGCCAUGUCAGCGCUGGUCAUGACACAACAAAGAUGGCGGCGUUGGCAUCCCACGAAGCCAUGGGUGUGGUGAUUGUGUCCAUAGGAUACCGGUUGAACUGGCAAGGUUUCACAGCCUGCUACGAUCUACUCGACGAGGCUAAGGAGAAUGGCGAGCCUGCAUUCAAUUAUGGACUGCGAGACCAACGCAACGCCUUCCUCUGGAUCCAAAAUUACAUCGCGGGCUUCGGCGGUGACCCAGAUAAUGUAACAGCCUUUGGUGAGUCCGGUGGGGCUGUCUCAAUCUUCAUGCACGCUUGUUCGGACGUGCCUGUAUUCAAACGAGCCAUCCUCCAAAGUGGUUCACCCAACGCCAUAGGUACCUGGGCUCUUGAUGAGGCUGAUGCAUACUAUCAUCGGCUGUUAUCAUAUCUGGAAAUCACCGGAGCGACUCGUGCAGAGCGGCUCAAAGCGCUCCGUGAGGUGCCAGUGUCACGCUUGAUUGACUUUAUUCGUGAGAACAAUGUCGGCACGAUGAAGCCGUUCCUUGGCCCGGAGAGCGAGUUCUUCCCUCAGGCACCCCUGUGGGCCAAUCAGGGCGAAGUUCUAGCCAAUUGCCCAUGGCUCCACGAGAUCAUGAUUGGCGACGACUCGUGUGAGGGACUUGGACUCGUCACAGCCCUCAAGGACAUAUCUGCUAGUCCAUUUAUCGCACAAUUUCAUACCGUUCUUGGUGAUGAGUCCGCCCGCCGUGUGCUCGACGCAUACGAAAUAUACGAUGGUAUGGAUGAGGGCCUCUUCUGGCAGCACGCGAUGGUUCUAAUGGGAGACGUGAUCUUCUCCGAGCCCACACAUUCAACAGCCAUCUCCGUAGCUCAGAAUGGUCGACAGCGCUUGUAUCGCUGGCAAUUUGGUCUGCCAAACCCCUUUCCGGGCUCUCCUUACUCCUACGCAACGGGGCAUCACUUUGUUGAACUCAUGUACCAAUUUAUGACACUUUCAGAGCGUCUUCCUACGCACCGGAAUCAUUUCCUGCGACGACAGGGAGAGGAGAUGGCGCGUAGUUGGAUUCGGUUCGCUAAUGGACUCCCGCCCAUGCCCGGUGCGAAGCCAUACGAUCUUGAAGAAGGCAGCAUCAUGAUCUGUGACAUGCUACAGGGGUGGACAGUGCGAACAAGGGCGGAGGAUGAAGCCAUGAGCCAGCAGGAUCCGUGGGGCCCCCGACGGUACUGCCAGUGGGAAAUUAUGAACGAGGAGUUCAAAAGGGCUGGAUGCGCCAGUGAUGGGGCUGGCUCAGAGAUUGAAAGGAUCCAGGCUAUUAGAACCAGGCUCUGCGGAUAG